AUGAACGACUUUAACGGUGGGCUUGUCUCAUGUUCAAGCUCCUACGUAGAUUUGGAUGUAGGAGAUAGACAUGGACUAUGUGCCUUCAAAUGUAACUCAAAAGCUAUGUUUACAAGUCAAGAGAAACGUAGUACCCAAAUGUUGAUGCUUCUUGGUGGCACAAUAACGUUUCUGGUCACUGCAUUUACGCUGUUUACAUUUUUAAUUGAUCGUCAACGGUUUCUUUUCCCAGAAAGGUAA